AAUUCUCAAGACCCUAAAAAGAAUUUGGCGAAAUUUCACGACACGACCUCAUCCGCAAACGACGACGACAACUCGGAGACCGCCAAUUUUCCACGCCCAACGCCAUUCACGAUGUCGACGUCAAAGGUCAAGACCGGUCAGCUCUGGAACAAGAGCAAGGAUGAUUUGAUGAAGCAGCUCGGCGAGCUCAAGAGCGAGCUUGGCCAGCUCCGAAUCCAAAAGAUAACAUCCUCGGGCAGCAAAUUGAACAAGAUCCACGACUUACGAAAGUCAAUUGCCCGCGUCCUGACCGUCGUCAACCUCAAGCAGCGCCAGCAACUCCGUCUCUUCUACAAAAACAAGAAGUACCUUCCCCUCGACCUCCGACCUAAGCAGACUCGCGCCAUCCGUCGCCGCCUCUCACCCGAGGAGAAGUCAAAGACUCUAGAGAAGACAAAGAAGAGGGCCACACAUUUUCCUCAACGCAAAUACGCCGUCAAGGCUUAGAUGAAUUUUUCGGCUUUGGAGGGAAUCGGGUACGGAUGUAGAGGGCGUGGUUAUUCCAAAACGGAAUCUGACAUUUGCAUGGCAUCACACGGCUUUUUCGGUUCAUAGGUGUUAUGAGGUCACUUGCAGCCAAUGUCGCUGCCCAAUGCGCAAAAAUUGAGAAUUGUCCACGGGCUCUGAACCAAUCAUCAUGCAGUGUUCUCGAAAUCAACGAAGAUACGUGAUGCAUGCGCCUGGUUUUCAACGCAAAUGAAUUGGUUGAACGAAGUUCUGAGCCAUUGGAUCUGUCACUAGAUACGGCACAUGAUAGACUAUACAGUCCUACUUGUUGCGUAAGGCGCCGAGGCCACAACUAAUUAACCCAUUGGAAGCCAGAAAUUGUUUUUAUAUGGCUCAACCCAGCCCAUCUUCCGCAUGAAAGUCAUCAGUGAUCCUGUUCAAUCCCAUAGCUCACUCUGAUUACUUAUCACCUUUAGGCAUAUUAUGUAGGACCAGAAUAUGACUCGGCUUACUAUUAA